GGAAAAGUUUACGUCAGCCUCUGUUAUCAUGACACAGAGUUUUCUAGUCUCUAUUGUUUCUAGUCUCUAUUGUUUAUGUAUAUGUUAGUAUUUUUUUUUGUGCACAGUUAUGAAACAAAUUCUGUCUUUUUCGAAGAGGUUUGUUGUAGGCGAAUUCGUUUCAGUCCAUCUGCGCGUGCGUCUUGGCCGCGAUAGUCUGUCGCCAUAACAACGCUUUGUUGACAAGUGAUUUCUGCUGGAGAAGCGAAAUGAAACUCAAACGAUUCCUUCUCAGAUAUUAUCCACCAGGUAUCAUCCUGGAAUAUGAGAAAGGAGGAGCUCUGAAGACUAAAUCCAUUGAUCUGUUGGAUUUGUCUCCGGAGACAGACACCGAGGAGUUAAUAUCAGAGAUCAGGAAAUCGGAGCCGCUGAUCACAGCAUCACGCGUCGACCAAGUCAAACUCUUGAUCCUCAGACUGCAGGAGAAACUGGGUCAGCAGGACAACCGCAGAUUCUACCUCUUCAAGGCGCUGCAGGCGCACAUCCUGCCACUGACAAACGUUGCCUUCAAUAAAUCAGGGUCGAGUUUUAUAACUGGGAGCUAUGACAGGACAUGUAAAAUAUGGGACACGGCGUCAGGCGAGGAGCUGCACACACUGGAGGGCCACAGGAACGUGGUGUACGCCAUCGCCUUCAACAACCCCUACGGGGACAAGAUUGCCACUGGGUCCUUUGAUAAGACCUGCAGGCUGUGGAGUGUAGAGACGGGCAAAUGUUUCCACACCUUCCGAGGACACACUGCUGAAAUAGUGUGCUUGGCGUUUAACCCUCAAAGUACCUUGGUGGCCACGGGUAGCAUGGACACUACGGCCAAGCUAUGGGACAUCCAGACUGGAGAGGAGGUGUCUACACUGACAGGCCACUCAGCAGAGAUCAUCUCCUUGUCAUUUAACACAGUGGGUGACCAGCUAGUCACUGGCUCCUUUGACCACACUGUUUCUCUGUGGGAUGUUCCAUCUGGGAGGCGUGUCCACACACUGAUAGGCCACAGAGGGGAGAUCAGCAGUGUUCAGUUUAACUGGGACUGCUCCCUCAUCAUCACCGGCUCCAUGGACAAAAGUUGUAGGGUGUGGGAGGCAGCGAGUGGGAAGUGUAUGGCCACACUAGCAGGCCAUGAAGACGAGGUGCUGGAUGUGUGUUUCGACUACACCGGUCAACUCAUAGCCACCGCCUCGGCUGACGGCACAGCGAGAGUGUACAGCGCUGUUAGCUACCAGUGCAUCUCCAGACUGGAGAGCCAUGAGGGAGAGAUCUCCAAGAUCUGUUUUAAUGCUCAGGGCAGUAGAGUUCUGACGGCCAGCGCUGACAAGACGGCUCGCCUGUGGGAUGUCCAGUCUGGCGUCUGUCUGCAGGUUCUGGAGGGACACACGGACGAGAUCUUCUCCUCCGCCUUCAACUACGAGGGUGACACCAUCAUCACAGGCAGCAAGGACAACACCUGUCGCAUCUGGCGCUGACCCGUCCUAUGGUCAGUAGGGUGUGUGAGGAGGCAAAGGCCAUCUGUCCAUCCCCCAAAAAGAUGACUCCAACAGGGCCCUGUUUGAAGAUGCCCUUCCUGGAAGUUAUCACUGACCCAACGUAUGUGACCUCUAACCUCCUAGUUGCUGUGGAGUAAGAUUCAGUAGAAUGGAUAGCUUUGGUGAAUGAAUUUGGUCCUACUGUCAUUUUACUAUGUAGCACUGUCUACACAGACAGUUUAGCGCUGUGGAUGCGUCCCAAUGGCACCCAAUCCCUAUUAAGUGCACUACUUUUGAGCAGGGCCUAUAGGGCUUUGCGGCCUACAUUCACCAGUUAGGAUUUGACCUGGACUGGUCACUUUGGUCCUCUGUCAUGUUCAGUGUUGAUAAUCAGUGUUUAUUUGUGUGUUAAUUGUAGAAUGGGCUGGACGGAAGAAUGUUUUCUCUACCCCUCUUUUGCUCAAUAAAGUCUAUUCAUGCUCACA